AUGCCGAUGUCGCCAAGAAGGCGUGUAGGACUGGCCUCCAUCGCGAUUCCAAUGCCUCGUAGACAUGAUGCAUGCCUUAUCAGUCCGGCCAAGUCAUGCAAUGGAGAUGAUCUGGGCCGGCCUCUUCUACGCCUCCGUUUGCAGUCCCGCCGCGGCAUCGCCACCGCAGAAAUCGCAACUUUUGCUUUCUGUCUUGAGCAAAUGCUGUCGACAGGCCUGCUUCAGCCGGACCAGCCUCCUCGAAACGCCGCCGCCAUGACGGCAUCUCAACUUGUUCCAACCCGCUUGCAAAUGCGACCUUUUCCGUGGCCCAACAGUCUUCUAGCCGGUCUGGAAGGGUUUCUGUUUCCGAAGCACAAAGACACUUCGACUAGGCCUCUUGUGACACUCCAUUUGGAGGGAUCCAAGCUUGGUCAAUCAGUAAAACCUGCAUCCUGUUCGGGUCCCGCUCGCCGGAAGGCGGACGGGAACGUGCUGCCGACAGGAGAUAAAAUUUCAGACCGGCUACCUCAAUUUCGUGUAGAAGGACCUGAGAAAGGUCUAGGCUGCCUUAUCCUCCUGCUCAUUCUUUUCCUUAUUUCCUUCUCUAUCGCUCUUCUCCUCCUCCUCUUCUUUUUCUCCUUCUCUUUCUUCUGUUAUCCUAAACUGUCAUCUACUCCUAUUCUAUCUUUACCUCUUCCUCUUGCUCAUCCUCCUUAUCCGGUCGCCUUGCGCGUCUGUGGGCAAAUUGCUAAUAGACGCAUGGCAGGAAGUUUGCCAACAGUCAGUCCAUGUGAUUCCCGGACGAUUGCUCGAACAGCAACCCAAGAUUUGUGA